UGCCGGCCGAGGAUGCGCGUGCAUGCGUGCGUGUGUGUACCGCGAGUUCGGGACGAAAUCUGGACCAGAGGGAGGCGGAGGCAGGAGCAGCGCGAGGACUAGGAGCAGGGGGAGGAGGAGGGUGAUGAUGAAGAUGAUGAAGAUGAUGAUGAUGAUGGAAACAGAGGCGACUCCGUCUCUCUGAUCCGGGAGAUGAGUGGCGGCUCGUGCGCGCGCGCGUGCGGUUUUCGUGCAGGGCUUGCGGUGAUGCUUCUACUGUCGCUCACGAGCGAGAAGGAGAGAACGUGAGGAGCAGGAGGAGGAGGACCGGACAGGAAGGCAGGCGCUCGUGCUCACCGCUGUCGUUGCUCAUGGAUUGCGCGAGCCUGCGAAUUCUCCACGACGCCUCAAUCUGACAGCGUGCGCGAGGUGGUGAGCUUAGUGUGGAACCAAAGAUCACCCAGUUCUGGAUCUCAGAAGGACCUGUAGAGUGGACGGACCCUUGAGGGUGCAUGGAGCGCUCAAGGACAACGCAAGCGCGGCCAGGGACUCGCACCUGCCUCUGGUUGGGCCUUGUCUCUGUGGCAGCAGCCUUUGUAUGUGCAGAGGCUCGGGCUGUGCCGACCCCCGACACGCCGGCCAAUGUGACUUGCACGGAUGCAACGCCAAAAUGCAAACCGGGUAUCAUCUUGCCCAUAUGGUACCCCGAAGAUCCUUCCAUGGGCGACAAGAUCGCCAGGGUCAUUGUGUACUUUGUAGCCAUGAUCUACAUGUUCCUGGGGGUUUCCAUCAUUGCCGACCGCUUCAUGGCAGCCAUCGAGGUCAUCACCUCUCAGGAGAAGGAAAUAGUGGUCAAAAGGCCCAAUGGGGAGACGACUACUACCACCAUCCGGGUUUGGAAUGAGACUGUGUCCAACUUGACACUAAUGGCAUUGGGCUCCUCUGCCCCAGAGAUCAUGCUGUCUGUCAUUGAAGUAUGCGGGCAUGAAUUCCACGCAGGGGAACUUGGGCCAUCCACUAUCGUGGGUAGCGCUGCGUUCAACAUGUUCGUCAUCAUUGGCCUGUGUGUGUCGGUGAUCCCUGACGGCGAGGUGCGCAAGGUGAAGCAUCUUCGGGUCUUCUUUGUUACUGCCGCUUGGAGCGUUUUUGCAUACGUUUGGCUCUACAUGAUCCUGGCAGUCUUCUCACCCAAUGUGGUGCAGGUUUGGGAAGGCCUAGUGACGCUAGCCUUUUUCCCGAUCUGCGUUCUUUUGGCCUGGGCAGCAGACCGUCGCCUGCUCUUCUACAAGUUCUCCCACAAGAAGUACAGGACUGACAAGCACCGCGGCGUCAUCAUUGAGACAGAAGGUGAGCGUUCCAAGGGUGGCAUUGAGAUGGAUGGCAAGAUGGUGAAUUCGCACUUCAUGGAUGGUGCCAACAGCAAUCUGAUAAGCUUAAUGGAAGGCAAGGAGAUGGACGAGUCUCGCAGGGACAUGAUCCGCAUCCUGAAGGACCUCAAGCAGAAGCACCCAGAGAAGGAGUUGGACCAGCUGGUGGAGAUGGCCAACUACUAUGCCCUUUCUCACCAGCAGAAGAGCAGAGCCUUUUACCGCAUCCAGGCAACACGAAUGAUGACGGGUGCUGGGAACAUCUUGAAAAAACAUGUGGCAGAACAGGCAAAAAGAAGCGCUAGUGUUCAGGAGGUCCACGUCGAGGAGCCAGAGGACUUUGUGACGAGGAUCGCAUUCGAGCCUGCCACAUAUCAGUGCCUGGAAAACUGUGGGGCCGCCCUGAUUACUGUUGUGCGCAAAGGUGGCGAUGUUGCCAAGACCAUCUAUGUGGAUUACAAGACGGAAGAUGGUUCGGCUAAUGCUGGCGCGGAUUACGAGUUCACCGAGGGCACCGUGGUGUUUAAGCCCGGUGAGGUUAUAAAGGAGAUCACUAUCGGCAUCAUCGAUGAUGACAUCUUCGAGGAGGAUGAGCACUUCUUUGUGCGCCUUAGCAACGUCCGAAUCCUGGAGCUGGAGGAUGAGGUGCUGUCUCCGAACAGUUUGCCCUACCCCAAGGCUGUGUUAGGAUUUCCAGCGGUUGCCACAGUUACCAUCCUCGAUGAUGACCACGCCGGCAUCUUCACAUUUGAAAGUGAGUCUGUUCACGUAAGCGAGAGCGUUGGCAUCAUGGAGGUGAAGGUGUUGAGGACAUCUGGGGCUAGAGGAACUGUCAUCGUACCUUUCCGAACUGUGGAGGGACUCGCCAAGGGAGGUGGAGAGGACUUUGAGGACACAUACGGGGAAUUGGAGUUCAAAAAUGACGAGACCUGUAAAACUGUUCAGGUCAGGAUUAUUGAUGAUGAAGAAUAUGAGAAAAAUAAAAACUUCUUCCUGGAGCUGGCUGAGCCUCGCAUGGUGGACAUGAGCCUGCAGAAAGCUCUGUUGUUAGCUGAAGAUAUUCCUGAAAGGAAGAUGUCAUCAGAGGAAGAGGAAGCAAGGAGGAUAGCUGAGAUGGGAAAACCAAUCCUGGGUGAGCACUCCAAACUGGAGGUCAUCAUAGAGGAGUCCUACGAGUUCAAGAGCACAGUGGAUAAGCUGAUAAAGAAGACUAACCUGGCCCUGGUUGUGGGCACUAACUCGUGGAGAGAGCAGUUUAUGGAGGCCAUUACGGUCAGUGCAGGAGAUGAGGAUGAAGAUGAUGCAGGGGAGGAACGGCUUCCGUCCUGUUUUGAUUACGUGAUGCAUUUUCUGACGGUCUUCUGGAAGGUUCUGUUUGCCUGUGUUCCUCCCACUGACUACUGGAAUGGCUGGGCGUGUUUUAUCAUCUCUAUUGUCAUCAUUGGCCUGCUAACGGCCGUAAUCGGUGACCUGGCCAGCCACUUCGGCUGCACCAUCGGCCUGAAAGACUCCGUCACGGCUGUGGUGUUUGUAGCUCUUGGCACGUCUGUGCCAGACACCUUUGCCAGUAAAGUCGCAGCCGUCCAGGACACGUACGCGGACGCCUCCAUUGGUAACGUAACCGGUAGCAAUGCCGUUAACGUUUUCCUGGGUAUUGGAGUGGCCUGGUCCGUCGCUGCCAUCUACUGGCACAUGCAAGGGAGAGCGUUUGAGGUCCCGGCGGGUUCCCUUGCCUUCUCCGUCACACUCUUCACCAUCUUUGCCUUCCUGGCAGUGAGUGUGUUGCUGUACCGGCGGCGGGCGCACAUUGGCGGGGAACUGGGUGGCCCCCGCAGCCAUCGCAUCUUUACCACCCUCUUCUUCCUCAGCCUGUGGUUCCUCUACAUCCUCUUCUCCAGCCUGGAGGCCUACUGUCACAUACAGGGCUUCUGAAGUGGGAGAGAGUGGGAGAGAGAGGGAGAAGGACUAAGAGAUGUUAUAGAGCAAAAAAGAAGAAAAGAAAGGAGGGAUGGAGCGACAGAGGAGGAAAGAACAGAGAGAAGGUGGAUUAAUGAUGAGGAGAGAGAGAGAUUUAUGUUUUAUAUGCAGCAGUUAGAGCAGUACAGUGCUGUGAUUUACACAGUUGGUAUGAAGAAUAGCAAAGUUUUACACACAUAUUUAGCUGGACUGGACUAAAUCAAGACAGAUUACACUGAACCAGAUUAAAAAAGUAGAUCCAGCAGAACUGUAUCAACCCACAGUCAAUAAAACCAGACUGGACUGAAAUGUAGCAGAUCAAGCAAGCGUGGUCUUAAUCAGGCUGAAUUGGACUAAAUCAUGUUAGAUUUGAAAUCAAAUUAGGUAAAACCACAUUAGACUCAUCUGAACUAGACUAAAUAAAGUCUGACUGGACAGAAAUGGAUUGGGUCAAGCCCAGCAGGCGAUUUGACAGGACUGAUCAAGCCAGGAGGCAACGGCAUGAACGUAACUUAACUGCACUGGACUGAACCAGACUCUUAUCAAGACAGAUCAGAGUGGGCUUUACUGUAUCAAGCGGGACUAGACAGAAUUUGACAGGACUAUAUGAAGCUGUAUCAGCCUAGAUUGAACUCCACUGUACUGUAUCAAAUCGGACUGCUUUUUAGCCAGAAUAGACUGUAUCAAGCUGGACUAGACUGAAAUAUCCUCGACAGGACUGUGUUGUAUCAGGCUGAAUUUACCCAAGUCAAGCUUGGACUAAACUAUUUUAAAGUGGACUGGACUAGACUGAAACAGGCUGCACCAUAUCAGACUUGACCGGAUUGUAUCAAGCCACACUGGACUGUAUUAAGCUGUACCGGACAAGACUAGACUUAACUAGACUUGACUGGACUGUAUUAAAGCCAGACUGCACUAGAUUGAACUGGACUGGAUUAUAUCAAGCUGAACUGGACAAAAUCAUUCUUAACUAUCAAGCCAGACUGGACUCGAUUGAACUAUACUGGACUGUAUCAUGUCGGACUACACUGAACCAGACUCAACUGUAUUAAGUUGGACUAGAAUAAAUUAGGCUGACCAUACUUACGCUAGUUUAAACUUUACUGGACAAUUGAACCAGACUGGGUUGUAUCAAGCUGGACUAGACUAAAAUAGACUCGUCUGUUUUAAGCCAGACAUAACUAGACUGGACUGUAUUAUAUCAGGUUGAACUGAUCUUACUCAAGCUAGUUCAAACUGGACUAUACCGUAUUUUAUCAAACCAGACUGGACUGUUAUCAGGCUGGACUGAACCAGACUGGACUGUUAUCAGGCUGGACUGAACCAGACUGGACUGUUAUCAGGCUGGACUGAACCGGACUUGGCUGUAUCAGGCUGGACUAAACCGGACUGGGCCGUAUCAGGCUGGACUGGACUGACUGUAUUGGGCUGGACUGUAUCAGGCUGGACUGGACUAAACCGGACUUGCCUGUAUCAGGCUGGACUGUAUCAGGCUGGACUGGACGGGACUUGGCUGUAUCAGGCUGGACUAAACUGGGCUGGACUGUAUCAGGCUGAACUGAACUGGGCUGGACUGUAUCAGGCUAGACUGGACCAGACUGGACUGAACCAGACUGGACUGCACUGAACCCGACUGGGCUGUAUCAGGCUGGACUGAACCGGACUGGGCUGGACUGAAUCGGACUGGGCUGUAUUAGGCUGGACUGAACCGGACUGGGCUGGACUGAACCGGACUGGGCUAUAUCAGGCUGGACUGGACUGGACUGGACUGCAUCAGGCUGGACUGGACUGCAUCAGGCUGGACUGGACUAAACCGGACUGGGCUGUAUCAGGCUGGACUGGACUGACUGUAUCAGGCUGCACUGGACUGUACUGUAUCAGGCUGGACUGAACCGGACUGGGCUGUAUCAUGCUGGACUGGACUGGACUGUAUCAGGCUGGACUGAACCGGACUGGGCUGUAUCAGGCUGGACUGGACUGGACUGUAUCAGGCUGGACUGAACCGGACUGGGCUGUAUCAUGCUGGACUGGACUGAACCGGGCUGGACUGCUUAGUGAAAUGGGAAAGGUUAGUGAGAUGAGAGGAACACUCGUCCCUCCAGUUAGCAUUCUGCCUCUCUCUCUCUUGUUCGCUCUCUCUCUCUCUCGCUGUGUCUGAGAGUGUGUGCAGGAGGGGACACACUAAGUGCAGUCGGAGCUUUUCACAAUCUCUAUUUUUCUCACUGAGCUGCUGAGAACGACUCUUUUCUAACGAAGUAUUUUGGGAAAAAAAGAUGACACUAAAAAAACUACAAAAAGAUUAAAGAACUAUUUUCUGAUCUAAACAGAGACGAAACUAUUUCAGCAGAAAAUGAAGAAAUAUAUAAUACUUACUGGAAAUCUGUUACUGAGGGACAUUCGGGGGGGUGCAUUACGCUGUUUCUUUUUCGUUUGCUUAGUUUGCUUGAACUCACAAGCUUACUCAAAACACACACACACACACACAUACAGGCCAAAGUGAAGACACAUAACGGGGGGAAGUGAAGAACACCGGAUUACAAAACAGAGAAGCAAGAAGAGAACGAAGGAGAAGAAAAGGAGAAAACAAACAUUUCUGAGACGUUUCUCUAACACUGCAUUUCCUCAGUCAUGGAUCAGCUGUGUGUGGAGUACGCUGUGUGAUGAUAAGUGUGAAGUGUGUGUUCAUGUUUUUUGUAGAUUUUGUGCAUUUUUAAAGAUGUGCAUUAUCACUCCCACAGCCCCCACCAUUCCCCCUCCCCUUUUAAGAUCGGGAAUCAAUAGAGAGAAUGAGGGAAGGAGGGAAUAGAAGAGAAAGGUGAUGAAGGGUCACAGAGAGGUCAGUUACACAAACAUUAUUUUUUAUUUUGAAAAAGGAGAGCUGCUUUGUGCUACACAUACGUCUUAAUUUAAAAUCUAGUUUAGUAAUACGACUAUAUUAUGCUCUAAAGAAGCUGGAGCCAACUUCAUAUCUCUCUCUCUACUUCUCCAUAUAUAUACAUAUAUACACAUACACAGUCAUAUACAAAGACUGCUUUCAAUUUCUACACAGUUCUAUUCUAUUCUGACGCAAUUUCUAUUUAUAUAUAAAAAUAUUUCUGCACAUUUUAUACACAAUUUCAAUUUAUUUACUAAUAUUAGCAUUACAAUAUUAACUCAUAUUGUAUUUAAUGUAUUAUUUAUUUUGUAUAUAUCAUUAUUCAUGUGUCCAUGAUACAAUUGCAGUAAUUUGGAGCUUCCACAGCAAGUGAAUUUAGCAAGAUUGGAUAUUUAUGUGGAAAGUAUUUUUUUAGUCAAAAAUACCAUUUAAUUCCAAUAUUAAAUGUAGGUUUAGUUUAUAAAAAUGUGACAAAACAAAAAUAUCAAAGUGUCACGUGUAGUCCAGAGAAAGGAUUGAGAAUUGAGUUGGGGUAACGAUACAUAUUAUAUGAUACAAAAGAUAUAAUAGGGACACUAAUAUCAUAAAGAACUAAUUUACACACACAAUGUAAGCAGCAAUUGUGUAUUAGAAUGUGCAGAAGGGUGUUUCUGUGGAGAAUGAGACUUAUUUAUACAUCAACUAAACAUGAAGUCCCAAAUGUUCACAUAAACUAUAUAUUUAUAUAAGAGAGCCAAAUGAAUCAAAUAAAACUUAAAGUUUUAAUUAAUAAUUAAGAGAAAACACGAGAGGAAUCAUAUCCAUUUAUUCUGCUGCAGUGGCUUCAGUCCAGUACUGACCGCAGACUUCUUGUGCCUGUUUCGGUGGGCAGAGGUGUUUAUAAUCGAAGCACUGACCGGCUGAACUGUCACCUCACAGUGAUUCAAUUCAAUUACGAUUCUUUAGGGCACAUCAUGAGUUGAUUCAGUUGGAUCACUUUUUUUCUUUUAAUAGAAUAAACACUUUUGUUGUUAAAUCAAGGCAUUUUUCAUGCCUGUAUGAUGAAUUGGAAUAGAUAUUUAACAUAUAUUAGAUUAGCGAAUUAUAAAAGAGAAGUAUCCGAGAGCCUAAAACCAAAGAGCAGGACCCUCCUGUGACCUCCUGACCCUUGUGUGGAAAGACCACGCAUAAUGUACCCUGAGUGUGUGUGGGUGGGGAUUUCCUGGUGUAAUGAUGUGUGUGUGUGUGUGUGUGUUCAGCUUGUUACACAGUCUUAUCCAACCUGACUCUUUUAUAGAAUGGGGAAGGUGUAAUUAUUGCAUUCAUCCACUAGAAGUCAGAAAAAAACAUGGGUAUUCAGUUAAAACAUGUUAAUAUAUUAAUAUUUAUACAUUUACUUUCAGACAGCUGUGUCACAGUAUGUGUGUGUGUGUGUGUGUGUGUGCGCGCGUGUUAUAUAGGAGCCAGAUCAUAUACACAUACACACACCAGUGCUGCGGUUUGUUGCUUUUUCAGUGGCUUAUUUUUAUACAUAUUUUAGUUUUUGUUACAUUUAUGUUACAAUAGAAAUGACCAGUUCUUAAAACACACAUAUACACACUCACACUCACACAAUGCCUGGCUGAUUUUCAUGCAAGUGCAUUUUUUAUGAUCUGGCUUCUCUCGCUGGCUGUCUAGUGGCUUUAAUAGACAAACACACGCGGUCAAACUGCACUUUUGGAGAAGAUUAAAGUGAAAAGGUUGACGUUCUGCUGAAGGACCUUCACCUCCAGAACCUGUCUGUGCAAGUCUUCUGCCUUUUACUCCUCUUUCUACUUCUCCUUUUUUCUCAGUGUGUGUGUGAGGAAUGUGUGUUAAGCGUAAGCAAACCUUUCCUUUACCUGCGCUCACACACACAAACAUAUACAGUAUAUAAAUAUAUAUAUAUAUGCACACAGAAAUUAGUGCAAAAAAGAAAAAAGCAUAAAUAUUUAUGAAGAAGAGAAAUAUCACUGCUGUAUAUUUUUAUACAAUCUUCACUUUCUGACACCCGAAUUGCUUCCGGUGAGCCCUUUGGCCUUUUUGACCUUUUGACCCGUUUGUGCGCGUGUGUGUGUGUGUGUGUGUGUGUAUGGGUGUGUGUGUAUGGGUGUGUGUGAGCCCCCCUGCUGUUGCCUAUAGAGUCUCUCUGCACACUGUAAAUGGUUUUAAUAUGAAAAUCCAGCUAUUCUGGGCCACCAGGUGGGGGUGGGCGGGUGUUGUGGUGGGGAGGGGGGCGAAGCAGAUGUGAAAUAUGAACUAUAUCUUUGCUGUUUACAUAUCAUGAUGUUUUCAAUUAUGCACAUUCUGUUGUUUUUAAUGGUUGUGUGUAGCGGAGUGUGUGCAGGUGACCUGAGCUCAGUGCUGACGUCCAUGGGGCUCACUCAGUGAAACCUCCACCCCAAAGCAGCCAAUGAUGAUCAUUUACAGUCAGGCGCUGAGCUGGUCUGUUCCAUUUACUUACAGUCUUAAUCAGAUCUCAGAGCCGCUGAAGAGAGGACAAAACAAAGUUAGUUAAAUAAAAAUAUCUAAUAUUUUUUUAUUUUGAGAUUAUUAUAUAUUACUUCCUUGUACUUGUUUUAAUUAAUUAAACCAACUAAACGUGUUUUAUUGUAUUGACAGAACAUGUUACUUAAUAAAGCAAAACAUUUGCUUUAUUAUAACACUUAAACCAUCAAAAAUACCUCCCAAUGGAAUCAGACACUUUCAGUAGAUUAAAUUACUUAAAACAAGGAACAGUGAGUAACAAUUAAGAUGAAUAUUCGUAUACCACUCUGAAAACAAAGCACCCAGAUCAACCAUUCCCUUUCCUUUUUUUGAAAUAAAGCCAAAAUUAUGUAGAGUUUGCACCAGAGGCGGACUCAUUCAGUAGACCCGCCCCUUUCUUCAAAGCCAAGUGUGUUUAAAGUCCAAUUUACACUUCUGCGUCAAACCCACAACGUAGCCUGAUGUGCACCUCCCCAGAAACAUAGCUAACUUACUGUUCAAUGCACGACGCAAACAGCGGCAGCUUUGAUUGAUCCACGAGCCUCGUCUUCCCGCCCACAUUUUCCCGCCUUUGUGGGGGUUAAACUGCAGAGCGACGUAGAAUCACAGACAAAUUAAUACCGAAGUAUAAACGUGCACAGUCAUGUAGGGCACUUGUGUUGACUUGACACAGAAGUAUAAACCAGCCUUAAUGCUGCCCUCAAAUCCAUAUCAGAAUCUCAUGUUCAGACCCGUAAGUAUAAUUUUUAAUCUAAAACAACGUAAACACACUUAAAAAAAUGGUUUAUCCUUUAAUUCUGUACAUGCAGUACCAGUCAAGGUUGGACACACUUUAAAUUCAGUGGUGUUUCUUUAUUUUAAAAUGUUCUGCAUUGUAGAUUAAUUCUAAAGUUAUUCAAACAAUGAAGAACAAGAAAUGGAAUAAUUAAGUAAAAGAGAUUUUCUAAACGUUUUAUGGGGUCAGUUUUAGUUUUAUGAAGUAGAGUCAAUGUAGAAUGGCUUUCAGUUAACAGCUGUGCUGAACAGGUUAAGAGUUAAUUACUUAAAUUUCUUGCCUCCUAAUGUGUUUGGGAGCAUCAGGUGUAAAGUUGUGAAGAGGUAGAGUUGGUAUACAGUGAAUUUGUAUUUGAGUAAUGUUCUAAUGUCCUAGGUAAAGAAAAUAAUACUUUUAAAAAACUAAAAAACUUUUGAAAGCAUCCUCAAGUGCAGUCUCAAAGACUAUCAAAAAUGUUAUAAUGAAACUGACUCUCAUCAGGACCGCCCAAGAAAGGAAAACCAAGAAUUGCUUCUUGUAUUUUGGUUUGUUUAACAUUUUUUAGGUUUACCACAUGAUUGCUUAUGUAUUCUUUUUUAUUUUGGAUUACUUAAAAAAAGAAAAAUAUUGAAGAGAAGGUGUGUCCAACAUUUGACUGGUGUUGUGUAUUCACAAGUACUGCAAACAAAUUAUACAAACAAAGAGUAACAUAAGAGUAUUUAGUUAGCAUUUUUGUUCCAGUAAGACACAGUGUAUCAGUAGCACAUGCGUAUCUAUUUAUUUCAUGUGCGGAUGGGAGCAAACCAAUAAAAAAUAGGCUGAAGUUGCUUUUAAAUCAGUGGUUUCUAUUAACUCCCCCAACUCAAUCCAAGUUGGUACUCCCACGUUUACAACUAGUAUAUACGAGUUUGUGGUGGUGUUCAUGUAGAACCCUCUCAUAAGUACUCUCAUGAGUAGAACUGCAUUAUGAUUUAGUUUAUAAUGUACCUGCCUCAUAUUCAGCUGCUCUGAGAUUAGAUAAACACAGCAGUUUUAUGAAGAUGUUAGGGCAUUUUAAAGCUACAGUCAGUCCAUUCUCGCUGUAGGUGUGAUCUUGUGGCUAAUCUGUUGGGUGAAUGCUGUUCUUUCUGCCUGUAGAUGAAGGUUCUUCUGAUCUAAGUGUGUUCCAGAUUGUAGAAGAAUAAAGGGGCUUUUUAAAUGCUGAUUAACAGAUUGACUGUAGCUUUAACGGUAUAUUUGUUGAAGAGCAGUACAUUUUUUCAAAGUGUUUGAGAUCAUCUAAGUCUUACAGACCUUCUUCAGGGGUCAUUUAUUCAGCACACACAGUUCACACACUCGACCUCCGCUGCACCGUGGUGAUAAAGCAGAUGAAUUGAUGGUUCUGUUUGUCCAUCUUUGUUUUUUACUCUUCAGACACUCAUAAUCAAUGUUCUUUUUAUUUCAGGGAAUUAUGCAUGACAUUUAUCUUUAUUUACUUAAUUUAUGUCAGUUUAUUUAUUUGUUUUGGAUUAUUUUUGUCAACAGAACAAUAAAGGAACUUAUUUGAAAAAGCACUAAAAUAA